GUGCGCUCGCUUUUGCUUUUGUUCUUCUUCCGUCCUCUUCUCCCUCCGUCUGCUCUGCAAAGCUUCCAGAAACGAGGGGGAGGAGCCGGGCCGCUCCUAAUGCUCUGAUCUCCGCUCGGCGGGUUCUCCUCCCUCCCCUCCUCCAUGGCGCGCGUCCUCCCGCUCAGCAUCGAGCCGGGGGAGACGGCCAGAGGCAAAGAGGUGGUGACAGACACACCAAAUUCUUCAGCUGGGGCAUCAUGCGCGGCAGUUGAUCAUUCUGAGCAAAACACAAAGGAUGAUGAGUAUGCGAGGCUAGUUACACGAGCUCAACAUGCAACAUCUGAUCUCAGUGCCACAAUUUUACCUGAGCAACCAAAGUCAAGAUCUUUCAUUUGGUGGAUGAAAGUUCUGCUUGGCUGUUUUCUUCUUAUAUUAGUGGGAUACAUCUUUGUGAAAUGGGGAGUCCCCUUUGCCUUUGAGAAGGUUCUCUUGCCAAUCAUGCAGUGGGAAGCAAGUGCUUUUGGGCGUCCAGUAUUGGCUGUUGUUCUUGUUGCAUCUUUGGCCCUCUUUCCAGUUAUUCUAGUCCCAUCUGGACCUUCUAUGUGGUUAGCAGGAAUGAUCUUUGGUUACUGUUGGGGUUUCUUAAUUAUAAUGGUCGGAACUACUAUUGGCAUGGUGGUACCAUAUUGGAUUGGCUCAUUGUUCCGUGAACGUCUACAUGUAUGGUUAACAAAAUGGCCUCAGCAGAUAGCACUAAUAAAACUUGCUGGUGAAGGGAAUUGGUUCCAGCAGUUUCGAGUGGUUGCGCUUUUCAGAAUCUCACCAUUCCCGUAUACAAUUUUUAACUAUGCCGUCACUGUCACAGAAAUUAAGUUCAACCCUUAUCUAUGGGGUUCAAUUGCUGGAAUGGUACCAGAGGCAUUCAUCUACAUCUACAGUGGACGGUUAAUCCGUACAUUAGCUGACAUGAAGUAUGGCAACUAUAAAAUGACCCCGGUGGAGAUAACAUACAACGUCAUCUCCUUCAUCAUCGCCAUCGUCCUCACAGUCGCCUUCACGGUGUACGCCAAGAGAGCUCUGAAUGAAAUAAAGAGUUCAGAAGGUAUCUGUAAAGAAGUUGUCUCCAGCCCUGCCGGCCCAGGUGCAGGAAUGAAACACCAUCAGGAGCUGGAUGUUGUAUGAUAGUGUAUUUCACCGAGAGAGUAGAUACAAUAUCGACUGAGAGGAGGCAGGUAGGUCGUAGGUGUAGGGUUUUACACCAAUAGAGCUAGGUAGGCUACAGCAGCAGGUUAAAUGAAUAACACGCACGCAGCUCCAGCCGACGGCCUGACGUUUACUCGAAUCAUUUCGUGUGCUUUAUUGUCUGCACGGCCAUACUUGAAUUGAGCCGAAGGUGCAGUGGUGCUGAGUGAUGACCCAGCGAUGGUGUGGCAGGAUGCUGUUGCCUGUUGGCAGUGUGUUGGUGGCAUGUAGAGUGUAGUGUGUAGAUGCCUCCUGAAGCACGGCCUUGCAGCGAGCCUACCACUGCGGUUCUGUGGACAUUGGAAACAUUGUGCACUUGUAACUCCUUGAACGAACAGCACUCGAUGAGUGUGUUUCUAUUGAUAUA